AUGCUCUUCAGUCGCUCUCUGUGUCGUCUGCAGUCUGCUGCGUCGCUUUCAUCGUCUUUGCGCUUCGUCUCGUCUGCUCCGAGGAGGGCUUUUUCCAACACCACCAUACUCCGUGCCGUCGACAUGGAGACAAUCGAUACGUCGAAGCGCCUGGUGAGGCUCAGAGAGUUGAUGAAGCAGCAUCAAGUGGAUGUGUACAUUGUGCCCUCUGAAGACAGCCACCAGUCCGAAUACAUCGCUCAUUGCGACGCGCGCCGUGAAUUCAUUUCUGGCUUCACAGGUUCCGCUGGAACUGCCGUCAUAUCGACCAGCGCCGCCGCCCUCUCCACCGACGGCCGGUAUUUCAACCAAGCUGCGAAACAGCUCGAUAGCAACUGGACUCUUCUCAAGAGGGGGCUGGAGGGUGUUCUCACAUGGCAGGAAUGGAUCGCAGAACAGGCCGAGGGAGGAAAAUCCGUGGGUGUCGACCCCGCAGUCAUCACUGCUGCUAGUGCGCGCAAACUUUCCGACUCUCUCGGCAAGAACGGCGCAAAGCUGGUAGGCAUUGAGCAGAACCUGGUUGACCAAAUCUGGGGAGAGGAACGUCCGUCGCGGCCACGCGAAAAGGUCAAGGUGCACCCCGACAACUAUGCUGGCAAGCCUUUCCAGGAGAAGAUUGCAGAUAUCCGGAAGGAGCUGAAAACAAAGAAGCGUGCCGCUUUCAUUAUCUCCGUUCUCGAUGAAAUCGCGUGGCUUUUCAAUUUACGAGGAAAUGACAUCCCGUACAACCCCGUGUUCUUCUCAUACGCAGUCAUCACUCCCGAUACAGCAGAACUUUAUGUUGAUGAGGAGAAGUUGACCCCGGAGGUGAAGGCUCAUCUCGGCUCGGACGUGGUCAUUAAACCCUAUGACUCGAUUUUCGCCGACGCAAAAACACUUGCGGCCAAAGCUUCGACAACAGACAGUGGAGCCACCACCAAGUAUCUUCUCUCGAACAAAGCCUCAUGGGCACUUAGCCUUAGCUUGGGUGGCGAGGGCAAGGCGGACGAGAUUCGCAGCUCAAUUUCCGAUGCCAAGGCCAUUAAAAACGAAGUCGAGUUGAAAGGCAUGAGAGACUGUCACGUUCGGGAUGGCGCAGCACUGACUGAGUACUUUGCAUGGUUGGAGAACGAGCUGAUCAACAAGAAAUCUACCCUAGACGAAGUCGACGGUGCCGAUAAACUCGAGCAGAUCCGCUCGAAACACGACAGAUUCGUCGGUCUUUCCUUUGACACCAUCUCAUCCACUGGGCCUAAUGCAGCCGUCAUUCACUACAAGCCAGAGAAAGGUUACUGCUCAAUAAUUGAUCCCACUGCUAUCUACCUCUGCGAUUCAGGUGCUCAAUACCUGGAUGGCACAACCGAUACCACACGGACGUUUCACUUUGGCAACCCUACCGAAUUGGAAAAGAAGGCUUUUACUUUGGUACUCAAGGGCCUCAUUGCCCUGGACACGGCCGUGUUCCCCAAAGGCACAAGCGGGUUUGCUCUUGACGCAUUGGCACGUCAGCAUUUGUGGCACCACGGUCUUGACUAUCUUCAUGGCACUGGCCACGGCGUGGGUGCAUACUUGAAUGUUCACGAAGGGCCUAUUGGAGUUGGCACCCGUGUCCAGUACUCUGAAGUCCCCUUGUCUGCCGGAAACGUGAUCUCUGACGAGCCUGGAUACUACGAAGACGGCAAGUUUGGCAUCCGUAUCGAAAACAUCAUCAUGGCUCGUGAGGUUGAAACGGCACAUAAAUUUGGCGACAAGCCUUGGCUAGGAUUUGAGCAUGUUACCAUGACCCCGAUUGGACAGAACCUGAUUGAGAAGUCUCUUUUGAGCGAGUCCGAAGUCAAAUGGGUGAACGACUAUCACACCGAGGUGUGGGAGAAGACGAAUGGAUUCUUCACGCAGGAUGAGGUGACCUCGGCCUGGCUGAAAAGAGAAACGCAGCCUUUGAAAUAA